GCAAUGCAAAGAGGCGUAGUUUUUAUGAUUUUCGAAAUAACUUUCCUUGGAAAAUUAAAAUUGCCCGUUAGGGCUUUCUCUUCCAGCACGCGACCAUCAGUCUUCCGGCGACACCCGGACCUUCUCGUCCGGCCAAAUAGUCAAGUAUACAUGGCCAGGGAGAUCAAAACAGGCGAGAUUGUUGCUUUGAAAAAGAUACGCAUGGACAAUGAGAGAGAAGGAUUUCCUAUAACCGCUAUACGUGAAAUCAAAAUUUUAAAGAAACUUCAUCAUGAGAACAUCAUUCAGUUAAAAGAGAUUGUGACAUCUCCAGCAGGACCUGAAAAAGAUGAACACGGAUGGCCAGAUGGCAAUAAAUACAAGGGAAGCAUUUAUAUGGUAUUUGAAUACAUGGACCAUGAUUUGACUGGGUUAUCAGAUAGACCUGGAAUGCGGUUUACAGUUCCCCAGAUGAAGUGUUACAUGAGGGAGCUGUUAACGGGACUUCACUAUUGCCAUGUUAAUCAAGUUCUUCAUCGUGAUAUUAAAGGUUCCAAUCUUCUAAUUGACAAUGAAGGGCAUUUAAAGCUUGCAGAUUUUGGCUUGGCUAGAUCUUUUUCUAGUGACCAUAAUGGAAAUCUCACAAACCGUGUGAUAACUCUUUGGUACAGACCUCCAGAGUUGCUGCUUGGCUCCACUAAGUAUGGGCCAGCUGUGGACAUGUGGUCGGUUGGUUGUAUUUUUGCUGAGCUACUAAAUGGGAAUCCAAACUUGCCUGGAAAGAAUGAGCCAGAGCAGUUGAAUAAAAUGUUUGAACUAUGCGGAUCACCUGAUGAGGUUAACUGGCCGGGAGUUUCAAAGAUUCCUUGGUACAAUAAUUUCAAGCCUUCAAGACCAAUGAAGAGGCGUCUUAGAGAUGUUUUUAAGCACUUCGAUCGACAUGCUUUGGAGUUGUUGGAGCGGAUGCUAACUCUUGACCCAUCUCAGAGGAUAUCUGCAAAAGAUGCACUUGAUGCUGAGUAUUUCUGGUGUGAUCCGUUGCCAUGUGACCCUAAAAGCUUGCCCAAAUACGAGUCAUCUCAUGAGUUCCAAACCAAGAAGAAAAGACAACAGCAAAGGCAGCACGAAGAAACAGCCAAGAGGCAGAAAUUACAGCAUCCUCAACAGCAUCAACGUCUGCCGCCAAUUCAACAGCCAGGGCAACCACAUAUGCAAAUCAGGCCUGGCGCUAACCAACCCAUGCAUAAUGCCCCACCUCAAGUUGUUGCUGGGCCAAGUCACCACUAGAAUAAGCCUCGGGGACCUCCAGGAGGACAGAACAGGUAUCCUCAAGGCGGAAACCCAAGUGGUGGAUACAAUCCAAAUCGUGGUGGCCAAGCUGGUGGAUAUGCUACUGGACCUUAUCCACCUUAAGGCCGAGGUCCUGGUUAUGUUGGAACCAGUAUGCCUGGAGGUGGCCCUCCUAGAGCUGGAGCUGGUGCCUAUGGCGUCGGGGCUCCAAAUUAUCCCCAAUCAGGUCCUUAUGGCAAUUCAGGUACUGGUUGGGCGCCCAACAUGAUGGGUGGUAAUCGGAAUCCACAAUAUGGUUGGCAACAGUAGUCUGGAAGCAAACUGAAGCAUGAUCUGUCCAAUAUAUCUGUGCACUUGACUGGUGAUCCUACAUUCUGAAGAGAAGGGCUCUGCCAGGGACUGUCGCUUUCACCUCAAGUGGGUCGAUGGGAAUUGGUUUAAUGCACCAGAGGAAUUCCUACAAACCAGUGUUGGAUAUUUAAGAAUAUCCCUUGACCUGGACUUAAUUCACCCACUUGUUUUCAGUUUUAUAUGGAGAAAAACGAAAUGGUUAGGUAUUUCAUUACUAUGCUGCUCCUUUGUCCUGCAGACAGAAAUAGGGAAACAAGAAUGUGUGAUUUGCUCUUCGAUGUCUAUCAUAACUUGAUUGGGGAUGAUGAACUUGUCGGUAUAUGGAUGGGUUAUGUGGGUUUUGUCUUGCGAGUUGAAUCUUCCUAGUAGCUAUGCAGUCCAAUGAUAUUCCUGGUUUACUUUUUGUAAGUUCAAAUAUCGUGCCUGUGUCAUAAUCAUUCACCACUAGUCUCUUUUAUUGUAUUUACAUGCCUCGGGGCACUUAAUCUGUUGGUUUUUUAGUUGAAUUGCAUGCUCCAAGUACAAUUGUUGGUACACUUCUAUGAAAGUUUGGGAUUUGAACUUAAUAUCUAGUGAAUACAAUCAAUCCUGUUUCAUGUUUUGCA